CAAUAGAGGUCAGAAAAAGGUCGAUUUUUCUUCAAGUGAAUCGAAAGCUAGCGGGUUCUGAUCGCUAUUCUGUGCGCGGUUAUCCCUGAAUUUCAAUUUCAAGAGACAAGUCAAGUGAAAAAAUAUCUAUCUUUCGAACGAUGGCAUCCAAGUAUCGUAUUGUGAUGGUCCGUCACGGAGAAUCCGAAUGGAACCAGAAAAAUCUGUUUUGUGGUUGGUUCGAUGCCAACCUCAGUGAUAAGGGCAAGGAGGAAGCGCUGGCUGCUGGUAAAGCUGUUAAGGAGGCUGGUCUUAAGUUUGAUGUUGCUCACACAUCGCUACUUACACGCGCUCAGGUCACCUUGAACUCCAUUUUAACCGAGUCUGGUCAAACGGGAAUUCCCAUCGAGAAGACUUGGAGAUUAAACGAGCGCCACUAUGGCGGUCUGACUGGUUUAAACAAAUCGGAAACGGCUGCCAAGUAUGGUGAAGAACAAGUUCUUAUCUGGCGUCGUAGCUUCGAUGUUCCGCCCCCAAACAUGGAACCCGAUCACGCGUACUAUAAUGCGAUUGUCAAGGACGAUCGCUAUAAGGGUGACCCGAAACCGGAAGAGUUUCCAAUGGCAGAAUCCUUGAAGCUCACUAUCGAACGUACACUGCCUUACUGGAACGAUGUCAUUAUCCCACAGCUUAAAGCUGGCAAAAAUAUCAUCAUUGCUGCUCAUGGAAACAGUCUUAGAGGCAUCGUGAAACAUUUAGAUCAGUUGACCGACGAGGCGAUUAUGGGAUUAAAUCUCCCUACUGGAAUUCCAUUUGUGUACGAGCUAGAUGAAAAUUUAAAACCGGUUGUUUCAAUGAAAUUCCUUGGCGAUGAGGAAACUGUCCGUAAAGCCAUCGAAUCUGUUGCAAAUCAGGGAAAAGCUAAGUAAACUUUUACACGUUAUUCUUAUUUCAUUCGAUGGAAGCAAUCCGGAAAAAUAUGCUAGUUGACACCUAAUAACUAAAGUACUAAGAAAAUUGAGGCAUCAACAGUGGUAUUAGAAAAAAGUGUUAUUGCAGAGAAGUAAAAAUUCUUGAGGAAGAUCUUAUGUGUACUACUCGUAUAAUAUGAUAAUAAAAUAUCCAUCUCUAGUCUGAAAA